CCUCUGCCCGCCUCGCCCCCGCCCGGGCCUCCUCCCGCUUUCUCUCAUCUCCGCUUCCCCUCGAGCCUGCGGAGGAGCCCGCGGCUGCGGGGCGCCCGGGAAAAUGGCGGCGGCGGGACUCGGCGGCGGCGAGGGGGGCGCGGGCCUGGGCGGCGCUGUGGGGUCGGGGCCGGGGUCGGGGCCGCGCGAGGACGCGGGGGGCCCCGCUCCGCCCGCGCUGCACCCGGAGGAGGUCGCCGCGCGCCUGCAGCGGAUGCGCCGGGAGCUGAGCAACCGCAGGAAGAUCCUGGUGAAAAACCUGCCCCAGGACAGCAACUGCCAGGAAGUUCAUGAUUUAUUACAGGACUAUGAGUUAAAGUAUUGUUAUGUGGACAGAAAUAAACGAACAGCUUUUGUUACCUUAUUGAAUGGGGAACAAGCCCAGAAUGCAAUUCAAAUGUUUCAUCAAUAUUCUUUUCGUGGAAAAGACUUAAUAGUCCAACUCCAGCCAACAGAUGCUUUGCUGUGUAUUACCAAUUUGCCUACUUCUUUCACAUUAGAAGAGUUUGAAGAACUUGUUCGUGCUUAUGGAAAUAUCGAGCGAUGUUUCCUGGUCUAUAGUGAGGUUACUGGCCAUUCCAAAGGCUAUGGAUUUGUAGAAUACAUGAAAAAGGACUUUGCUGCAAAGGCUAGAUUGGAGCUAUUGGGUAAACAGUUGGGAGCAUCAGCUCUCUUUGCGCAAUGGAUGGAUGUUAAUCUGUUGGCUGCAGAGCUCAUUCAUUCUAAGUGCCUUUGUAUAGAUAAACUUCCUAGUGACUACAGGGAUUCAGAGGAGCUGUUGCAGUUUUUUUCCAGUAUCCAUAAGCCUGUGUUUUGCCAGCUUGCACAGGAUGAAGGCAGUUACGUUGGUGGCUUUGCAGUGGUCGAGUACAACUCUGCCGAGCACGCCGAGGAGGUUCGUCAAGCUGCACAUGGCAUGACCAUACAGGGCAGCCAAGUCCAGGUCUCCUUCUGUGCCCCGGGAGCGCCAGGGCGAAGCACAUUGGCAGCACUGAUCGCAGCUCAGCGUGUGAUGCACAGUAGUCAAAAGGGCCUACUACCAGAGCCAAAUCCAGUGCAAAUUAUGAAAAGUUUAAACAACCCUGCCAUGUUACAAGUUCUUUUACAACCCCAGCUUUGUGGGCGAGCUAUUAAACCAGCAGUUCUUGGAACACCUCACAGCUUGCCACAUCUGAUGAAUCCAUCCAUCUCCCCUGCAUUUUUACAUUUGAAUAAAGCACAUCAGAGCUCAGUUAUGGGUAAUGCUUCUAAUUUAUUCCUUCAGAAUCUCUCUCAUGUACCACUGGCACAACAACAAUUAAUGAAGUUUGAGAAUAUUCAUACAAAUAAUAAACCAGGCUUACUUGGAGAGCCCCCAGCUAUGGUACUUCAAACUGCCGUAGGGAUUGGGUCAGCACUUCCAUUGAAAACAGAGUUGGGUCAUCAUGGAGAAGCACAGAAAACAUCUAAUCUGAUGCCACCUCAAACAGCUAUAACAGCUGGCGUGGGCAUGUUGCCAUUCUUUCCAAAUCAGCACAUUGCUGGACAAGCUGGGCCAGGUACUACUCAGGAGAAACAGCCAGCCUCCGUGGGAAUGGCAGAAGGAAGCUUCUCAGGGUCACAGGCUUAUCUUCAGAAUUUUCCAAACCUUACUGCUGGAGGCUUGUUGACAGGACACCUUAAGCAACAGCAAAGUCAGCCAAAAGCCACAGAGAUAAGUUCAGGGGCUACCAUAAAGAAUCAGACUUCACUCUUGGGAGAACCACCAAAAGAAAUUCGGCUUAGUAAAAACCCAUACUUGAACUUGGCAAGUGUUUUACCCAGUGUCUGCUUAUCAUCCUCUACAAAUAAAACCACUCUACAGAAGACUGGAAUUGCAAGCAACCUUCUGGAUGCAAUCUCUCAGGGAAAUGAAUCACAACAUACAUUGGAAAAGUGCAUUGCUUAUUCUCAACCUUUUGGUGAUUAUACACAGGUUUCAUCUUUAAGAAAUGAAAAGCGAGGCUCCUCUUAUCUCGUCUCUGCCCCAGAAGGUGGUUCAGUAGAAUUUGUUGACCAGCAUUCUCAGGGCACAGGAACGUAUUAUAUGGAAACCUACUUAAAAAAGAAGCGCGUAUACUGAGUUAAGUUUUCACCCAAUAGCCUCAUAAGGUUCUCUGCAGUAUUUCUGCUGUUCCUUGCUGCCUUAACUACAUUCAAACUAGCCAUAUCCUUUAAAUACGGGUUUGUAAUUUCCCAUAAGGAACUGUGUUGUGCAGCAGGCAGAACUGCCAAAAAAUAAGUAGCAAUAAGAGAUGUCAAUUGAGGACAUUUUCCACUAGAAUUAGAUGCAUCUUAAUGUGGUAUUAACUUACAGUUCAUUGGGAGAAAUUAACAUUAUUCCUAGUUUUAGGACUAGGAAUAAUUUUGACACCAUAUAUAAGUUUGAAGCAAUAAAUAGGAAACAGUUCUUGUUUCCUAAGCCUUAGAAGAAUGAAUUUCUUGUAAAGCCAAUGUACAUUUCACUUUACUUUCACUAGAGGUAAUCUCCUUUAUAGAUUUUCAGAACUUUUCCUACAACUCUAAGCACGCCAGUACAAAAGGCAGUGAUGGUAAUUAAUGUUAUAAAGAUACUCUACAAGCAAACUAAAUUAUUAACCUCCCACACAGUAUAAAACCCAAAUGCAGAGUGAUGGUCACAACAUCCAAGGUAUACCCGUGUACAGAUGUUGUACUUUUAAUGUUAUUUACGAUUUAUACCUUUUGAGAGAAACAAGAAAGGUUAAGUAGUUUUGGGAAAUUAAUUAUAAGGGUUUGGCAAAACUCUCUGGGGGCCGAUUCAGUCUUCUACCUGUUUGUGUACUGCCUGCAAGGUAAGAAAUAUUUACAUUUAUAAAUGGUUGGAAAAGUAUAUGUGCAGAAAAUUUCCCUGGAUGAUGAUGAAGUUCAUUUUCAUAUAACUACUUUUGUGCUACAAUGGUAGAGCUGAAUAGGUGUGAGAGACCACAGUACCUGCAAAGCGUAAGGUAUUUCCUUUGUAGAGAAACCUUUAAAUUCUGCGACGUAUUUGUAAGUGGCAAGAAAUAUUAAGUUUCAUUGUUUCCUCAUGGCAUGAUUACACAAACCCCGCAUUUCUAUAAUAUUAGCGUCCCUUCUGAAGCAGUCUUAGGAAGUAACUAUUUAUUACCAUUUUAAGCUGAUAAGCUAUACCUCAUUGUCUCUUAUUCAAUUUACAUGUGAAAGAAUUGUUUAUUGCAUAUAACUUUCCAUCACCAUUUCCUGAAGACCUUGGUAGUUGCAUGAGACUCUGCCAUCAGAAAAUUGCUAAGUUUGUGCCUUGUUAUGAGAUUUUAAAGAGUUUAAAAGGACUGGGGUCAUUGAGACUUCCAAAGUGAGAUCAUUAAAUAUCUUGUAAAUUGGUAGACUUACUAAGGAACCUAUCCUGUUUUAAUUAUGAAGUUUAAGACUGGUGUAUGUUGUAAAGAAUUUUACUUGGUGUAAGCAUGUAUUCACCUCUACUGGAAAAUGACAACUAAAAGGUAAUUUCUAAGACAUAUACUACCUGUAAGUAGUGGAUAGGUACGACUCAGUAAAUAAUUGGAUGAUUCCAUGCUCUGCUUUCUCCUUCCAAUUUUCCCGUUGAAUUAAUCCUCUUCAAUGCUUAGUCACACCUCUGUGACAGUAGAUUUUAAAUCAAAGGAAAGUAGGAAGAGGUUGAAGGAACUAAAAGAUUCUUUGGAUCUGCCAUUUGUACAGGUCUGUGCCCCACUGUCAUUGAACAGCUAAGUACAAAUCAAGUGGUAAUACUAAGGACCAUUCCCAGGCCCUCCCCCCCCCCCCGUAUUUUCUAUGUAAACAAGUUGUUUGAAAUGCUUUGAAAACAAAAUCUUAAUAUUAAAAGGCAUAUGCAUGUGAAGUCUCUAGU